UGCCCCGCCCCGGGAGAGGCGGGCCGGCCGGGCGUAUUUGAGGCACGGAGCCGCCGCCCCAUCAGGGGCAGUGAGAUCUCACCGGGAGCCACACCAGGAGCCACACCCGGAGCGAGCGAGCGAGUGUCGAGGCGUGGGGAAAAUGGCAGACAGUUUUUCGCUUAACGAUGCCUUAUCUGGGUCUGGGAAACCGAACCCUCAAGGGUGGCCUGAUCCAUGGGGAAACCAGCCCGCUGGGGCAGGGGGCUACCCAGGGGCCACCUACCCUGGACAGGGCCCUCCUGGCGCGUACCCCGGACAGGCCCCUCCUGGCGCGUACCCCGGACAGGCCCCUCCUGGAGCCUACCCUGGACAGGCCCCUCCUGGCGCGUACCCUGGACAGGCUCCUCCUGGCACCUACCCUGCUUAUCCUGGCCCCACGGCACCUGCUUAUCCUGGCCCAACUGCACCAGGAGCCUACCCCGGGCAACCAGGUGGGCCUGGGGCCUACCCUGGUGCCGGCCCCACUGGCGCCCCUGCUGGACCACUGACUGUGCCUUAUGACCUGGCUUUCCCUGGAGGAGUGAUGCCUCGCAUGCUGAUAACAAUUCUUGGCACAGUAAAGCCCAAUGCAAACAAAAUCACUUUAGAUUUCAAGAGAGGGAAUGAUAUCGCCUUCCACUUUAACCCACGCUUCAAUGAGAACAACAGGAGAGUCAUUGUUUGCAAUUCAAAGAUGAAUAAUGCCUGGGGACCAGAAGAAAGACAGAUGGUUUUCCCAUUUGAAAGUGGCAAACCAUUCAAAAUACAAGUACUGGUUGAAGACAACCACUUCAAAGUUGCAGUCAAUGAUGCUCACUUGUUGCAGUACAAUCAUCGGAUGAAAAAUCUCAAGGAAAUCAGCGCAGUAGGAAUCACUGGUGACGUCACUCUCAUCAGUGCUUCGCAUGCCAUGAUAUAAUCUCAAAGGGGCAAAUAUUUUAAAAAAAAAAUGAAAUUGAACAUAAACCUUAUACUUUUCAAUUUCAUGUUCACUAUGAGUGAAAAAUUUUACCUUUAUUCAUCAAUAUCCUUCUUGUAAACCAUCCAUAUAAUAAAUAUUCUAAGAGUUACCAGUU